AGAGAGAGAGAGAGAGAGAGAGAGAGGCUCAGCGUCUACUGGUACAGCGUCAGUCUGCUUCAAUCAAGUUUGCCUUUACAUCACACGGACUUCACAACUACACUCCAUACAGUUAAAAUCGACCCUUCUGCGAGACUUUAAAGCUACCGAUCUCCAGGUCUCUCCUCUCCCCGUCAGGAUGUUGGUCAUUCUUGCUUUGAUUAUCCUCUUCCACGUGGUCUCAGCUGUCCUGCUUCUCAUCUCCACGAUAAACAACGCUUGGUGGACACUGGGUGAGAUCUCUGUAGAUCUGUGGCAGAGGUGCAAUGGGACCAACCCUUGCAUAGCAACAGAUGCCAAAGACUAUAAGGGCUUUGUCCAGACUGUCCAGGCCUCCAUGAUUCUGUCCACCAUUCUGUGCUGCGUGGGGUUCUUUGUGUUCAUCCUGCAGCUCUUCCGUCUGAAGCAGGGGGAGCGAUUUGUCUUCACAGCCAUCAUCCAGCUCCUGUCCAGUCUCUGCGUCAUGACCGGAGCUUCAAUUUACACGGCUGAGCAUUUGAACUUCCACAGUGACUUGAAAGAUGGGCAGUAUGGAUCUUCCUUCAUCUUAGCCUGGCUUGCCUUUCCUUUCACCCUGUUCAGCGGGCUGAUGUAUCUAGUGCUGCGGAAACGCAAAUAAACACGCACAGCAGGAACAACCAAUCACAACUAGCAGACGCCAAAGUCAAAUAAAUACAUUUUGUAUAUAAUAAUCAUGAUUAUAAAUGUUUUUAAUAUCUUGUGUAUUAAAGAUACAUUCAUUGACAGAAAAGAAAUAAUAUUAAGACAGCAAAAAACACCCUUAUCUAUAUUAACAAUAGCAAAGUGGAAUUAUAUAUAUAUAUAU